UGUAAAUGUACUCGACUUGCUGACCCAAACUUUGUCGACGUCGGGCCAGAACCACUACCACCACCCCCUUCCUCCCUCCCUCCCUCCCUCUCACCCCUUCCGUCGCGGGGCCACGAUGUGCUCCCUCCCUACAGGAGGCUCUGGAGAAGUUGAGGAGUGGGCAAAGUUCUAUCGCGGAUCCACACGUUUUGACAUCUCGGAACCAAUAUGUAUGCUCUUUGAAACUUGUUCAUCAGGCUUCUCCUGCUCCUCUUCAUCAAGCCAUGCCUCACCUCUCCAUCCUCCUGCCUGCCCUUCUGCUGGCCGCCUCAGCGACUAAAUCACCGAACAGCACCGAGGGAGAUGAAAAUGAAGUCUUCAAAAGCAUGCAGUCAGAUCUCGUCAAACACCAGAUUGAGAAUCUCAUCGGAAAUCUCAGCCAACCUACACCGACUAUGGUCACUUCCACUGCUCUCAGCCAAGCAUCCACUAGCCUACCUAGUCAAUUGUCAACUACCAGCCUUGUACCCACUUCAGCUGCCCGCCAGUUUCCCAGUGCUGCUCCUCAGUGUCCCGGCAACCAGGUGAUGCUUGAGGGCAGCUCGGAUUGUGGCUGUCCAUCAGACAUGCUAAAGAUCGGAGACAUCUGCACCUGCCCACUUGGCUUCAGUCUUGAGGAAGCAGCAGGAUGCAAAGAUGUUGACGAGUGUGGAGAAAAGGAACAGUGUGGCCCUCACGCAAAGUGCACCAACACCCCGGGCUCGUACUUGUGCCAAUGUCACCGUGGUUACCUGAAGGGUGCAGAAGGGUGCCAGGAUGUCGACGAGUGCGCCCUGGCCGCGGUGACGGGCCUGCGAGCCUGCGACGGCAAUGCGGAGUGCACAAACACCCUCGGCUCCUUCAGCUGUUCCUGCCCUGUGGGAUACCACGGGGCUCACAAUGGACAAAACUGUGAAGAUACGAACGAGUGCACGUCAGGCGUUCACGGUUGUGACGUCAACGCUCGCUGCGGCAACAUCGUCGGCUCCUACUUCUGCCAGUGCUACCAAGGUUUCAACGGAGAUGGACAUUCUUGUUUCGACGUUGACGAGUGCGCCGUGAACAACGGACACUGUGACCACAACUGCACGAAUGAACCAGGAGGCUACAGUUGCCAGUGUGUUUCCGGCUACCAACUAAAUCCAGAUGGACACGGAUGCACAGACGUGAACGAGUGUUUGUCCCGGAACGGAAGCUGCGCGCACUCGUGCGUCAACACCCCGGGAUCCUUCCGAUGCUCGUGCAGGCCCGGCUACCAGCUCCACAUCGACGGCCGCACCUGCGUGGACAUCGACGAAUGUAAACUUCAGAAUGGCGGCUGCUCGCACAUCUGCACCAAUUCCCCGGGGGGACACGACUGCCACUGCCCACCUCCUCUGCUGCUGGACACCGAUAACCUCACCUGCAGCAAUGUUUCGUCUUGUGAAUUGAGAAACGGCGGUUGCGACCACAUUUGUGUCACGGGGGCCGAGGGCCAUGUUCGAUGUAGCUGCCGCGCGGGCUGGAAACUGAGCGAGGACCUGAGGAGCUGCGAUGAUGUGGACGAGUGCGGAGAUUUCACAAACGGAGGCUGCGAGCAGUUGUGCGAGAAUCACCCCGGCAUUUUCAACUGCACCUGCAAGGAGGGCUAUCAAGUGCAAAGCGAUGACCUCACCAAAUGUCGACCUGUGUGUGAACCGCCAUGUCAGAACUACGGAGUGUGUACGGCGCCAAACAGCUGCGACUGUCCUCCGGGCUACCCUGGCCUUGGCUGCUCAGCCAUGUGCUCCCCACCUUGUGCGCAUGGAGGUACAUGUAUGCGCUGGAACAAAUGUUUAUGUCCUCCUGGUUGGACUGGAGAAGGCUGCCACACAGCCGUAUGUCAGUUGCUAUGCGCUAAUGGCGGUCGCUGCGUGGGUCCUGAUACCUGCCAAUGUCCGUCAGACUACACGGGCCCCCAGUGCCUUUCGCCCUUGUGCACACCCGCCUGUCAAAAUGGCGGCCGAUGUGUGAACGUGAAUAUGUGCACGUGCGUUGGCGGAUGGCAAGGAGUUCGAUGCCAAAUAGAGCCUGUUCAGUGUCAGAAGACUUGUAAAAAUGGCGGCGUGUGCGAAGGCCUCAAUAGGUGUCGCUGUGCCAAAGGAUUCACCGGAAGUCUCUGUGAAACAGCGGUGACUACACCGUGCGUUCCUCCCUGCCGGAACGGCGCCACCUGCAGUCCUCUCAAUACUUGCACAUGUCCCGAGGGCACCGCGGGCUUGCGCUGUGAGCGACUGACAUGCCCGGUGGUCACUACUGUGGUCAGCAGGGCUCGAGCGGUGAGAAAAGCGUUUAGGGAAAGUUACGUUGACCGUUGCGGACCUUUUGGGAUUCAGCUUUGCACCAAAUACAGGAUGAACCAGGCACGUGUGUACCUGCAAGCCUACAGGGUGGGCUACAAAAUCCAAUGCCCAGAGAGGAAAGGCCGAUGAUGUAGUGUUUAAAAUAAACAUUCCAGUCAGGGCUGAAACAAGCAACUGCUGUGAUGACUACAAUUUGCCAAAAUGUUGAAAUACGGCUUAAUACUACCAAGGCUCUAAGCUAGAGUGACACUUAUCUUUGUUUCUAUUUCACGUGAUGUUUUUCUGGAAGUUAAACUGUAUAACAUAUCUUUUAUAUAUAUUUUUUAGGAGCUUUUAAUGAUGGAUAUAGUGAGCUUUAAAAUGACCGUAUAUAAAUUGUUGUCCUACUUAUUGGUCAAACCUACGCUGAAUGCAAUACUUCAAACUGAACAGUGCAAACUCUUCACACCAAGACACCUGGCAAGCAUUUGUCAAAUGAAAGCCAUAUGAGCAUGCAUAAUUAAAGUAAAAGUCCCAAUGAUCGUCACACAC